UUAUUAGAGUCGUUGAUGUAAGCGCCAAGCGUAGUUGACAACGCAAGAAAAAGAAAAAAUGUCUCAAGCAAGCACAUUAUUUUUUAAUGGAACGCAAACCAAGGCACCAUACUGGGUGAACAACCCACCGAAUGUUCCAAAAUAUCCCAGUUCACAAGAAAUGUUCAGGUUUGACAGACCGGAUAAGUUCACAGCAAAAACUGGGAGACAGUCAUACCAGCACUGGACAGACAAGUGGUAUGACUCAGGAUACCCGACUCUCAGGCGUGAGGAGCUACCGAAGGUUGCAGAUCGUCAGGAGCCCUGCUCUCAACCCUGGCAGUACAACCUAGGCACCUCUGCAGUGGAGAAAUGGGAUAAACAGAAUAAAGACUGGCCCAUUCACAAGCGCUUCUCAAAUCAGGGACUGCCUCCAACAGAGACCCAGAGGGCUAGGGGAAUGAAUCGGCUUUCUAUUCCAAGAAACGAUAACCUGUAUCCGUUUACCAGCUACAUGACCACCACAUACAGGAGACCAGUGUAUUCAAUUAUGGGUCCUAUGCAGCGAGAACCAGCGUAUGGUGUCACCCACCAGCACAAUCGUCAUGGCAAUAUGCCUUUUGAGGAUUACUAUUAGGUGUGGAAUUAUUCACUGCGGGGUGAAACUUAGAAAUUGAAUGGCAGUGGAGUUGUAAUUGCCUCAAGUCUAAGACAGUUUAUCACUUUAGCUUUGAGCACAAUCACAUCAUGAUGAUGGUUUAAUAACAUUUGACAUACUUUGGAAUAUAUGAAAAUGGUCAUGUACUAACUGAUUAGCAUUUGAAAGUACAGUGUUAGAAUUUUGUUCGUUAAUUUGCAAAGUAAGAUAGCAGCACAAAAAUGCAGAUGUAUAAUGAUUAUUCAUGGACAUAGAAAGUUAUACAAAGUAAUGCCUAACAUCUACCGCGGUAUUUAACAUAUGUUUAAUUGUUAUGUCUAGUGAUCAUUUAACACUGUUUUUUAAAACAGCAUUAAGAACAUAUAUUGCAUAUUCUAAACUAACUUUUAGUUUCUAAGGCUUUUGACUAUACACAUCCGGUUUGAAUAUUUUUUAUGGUCAUUCCAUGUGUCAUUUGAAAGCAUAUUUAAAUGUUAAAUGAUUUUAAUGAGGAACAACUACAUGUGAUAUUAUUAUUUUAUUGUUUUCUUUUGUUUAAAAAUUAAGAAUACCAGCAAAUUGUUACUGUUAAGCUAUUAGGAUAAAAAUCCAUCAAAGUA